AUGUAUCGUUGUUUCAAUGGAGUGUCAAUUUAUUGUCCAACAUGGCCAUGUGAUAGGAAUUGUGGCUUAUUCCAUCUGAAAUAUCUCAAAGUUCGGCAGAAAGAUAGAAACAAGGAGACAAUGGACUCUGAAUGGUCAACCAAUGUGAUGCAAAAGUCUAAUAAGCCUGAUGAAUUGAAUGCCAACACUAUUUUUGAAGAAAUAAUGAACGAAGCAUCUCGAAAGAUUUCAAAGAAUUACGUUGAGCCACCGCUUCCUCCCCCUUUGGAACUUCACGACAAAUUAAGUGUUACAGACGAUGCGACUUCUUAUGAGCGAACCGAAGACACUACAACUUUGAAGUACAAUUUGCCUAUUUGGGAUGAUGAAAAUCUUCGUCAUGACCUAUUAGAUUCCGACGAAGAACAUUAUGUUGUCGGAGAUCCCGUCUUCAUCUCCGAGUAUGAUGAUUCUUCGACCGACGAGUUAAUAGAAGAGAUGAAGCAUGAUCCGUUCAGUAAUCCAAUAAGUAAAGAACGAAAAACAUCUAGAAUCUUCCCAGAUGACAGUGACAAUGAUUACAGUACUUUGGAUUUAACUCAGCGGACUUCAAUAAGCAAAGGUUCAUUCAAUGAGAGUCGGCAGUUGGUCUCCAAUCGUCUCAAGAAAGGCAAUAAAUAUGAAGGAAGUCUUGAUGUUUCUUAA